AAGAACGGUCGUUAUUCUCUUUCUCGCUCCGUUCCAGUCCCACUCCGGUUAGGGUUCUCUCCCGAUCCCCCAUCGAAGGUUCUGGACUCGAUGAGAGCUGAUUCCCCUCCUCCGCCAUGUCCUGAUUCGUCGAGCAUUAGGUUGGCCCAAGUUUAGUUCCCUUCUCUGAUCCGAGUCCGUCGAGAUCUUCGACGACAUGGCUGACGCCUUGUCGUUGAUCCCCGCCAGCGUCUUCCGUAACCUCGCGGACAAGCUCUACGAGAAGCGAAAGAAUGCUGCUCUUGAGAUCGAAGGUAUCAUCAAACAGCUGGCACUUUCUGGGGAGCAUGAUAAGAUUUCGGCUGUGAUCAACCUGCUGAUCUCGGAAUUUGCUGGCUCACCGCAGGCGAACCAUAGGAAGGGCGGGUUAAUAGGGCUUGCAGCAGUUACUGUUGGUUUGGGAACAGACGCUGCUCAGCAUCUGACAGUAAGACUUGCAUGUUACAUUUUUAUAAUUGGAAUUUUUUUUAACUGGUAUAUGUUACAUGAACAUUUUGCUAACAUAUUCUUUCGGAUAAUAUCAAAGCAAAUUGUACCACCAGUUCUUAAAUCUUUUGCUGACCAAGACAGUAGAGUUCGAUAUCAUGCUUGUGAAGCAUUGUAUAAUAUUGCAAAGGUAGUUAGAGGUGAUUUUAUAGUAUUCUUUAAUAAGAUAUUUGAUGCACUCUGUAAACUUUCAGCGGACUCAGAUCCCAGUGUGCAGAGUGCGGCUCAUCUUUUAGAUCGUCUCAUAAAGGAUAUUGUGACCGAGAGUGAUCAAUUCAGUAUAGAAGAAUUUAUACCACUACUAAGGGCGCGCAUGAAUGUACUCAAUCCUUACGUGCGACAAUUUUUGGUUGGAUGGAUAACUGUAUUGGACAGUGUUCCGGAUAUUGACAUGCUUGGCUUUCUUCCAGAUUUUCUUGAUGGUUUGUUCAACAUGUUAAGUGACUCCAGCCAUGAAAUACGACAACAAGCAGAUUCUGCACUAUCUGAGUUUCUUCAAGAAAUAAAAAAUUCUCCUAAUGUAGACUAUGGUCGUAUGGCUGAAAUAUUAGUCCAGAGGGCUGGUUCUCCUGAUGAAUUUACACGAUUGACAGCUAUCACAUGGAUAAAUGAGUUUGUAAAACUUGGUAGGGAACAACUUGUGCCCUACUAUGCAGAAAUUCUUGGAGCCAUAUUACCUUGCAUAUCUGAUAGAGAGGAAAAGAUAAGAGUGGUUGCCCGUGAAACCAAUGAGGAGCUUCGUGGCAUGCAUGCUGAUCCAACUGAUGGAUUCAAUAUAGAUGCUAUUCUCUCUAUUGCAAGGAGAGAGCUAACAAGUGAAUGGGAAGCAACUCGAAUCGAAGCAUUACAAUGGAUUUCAAAGCUUUUGGUUCGGCAUAGAAAUGAGGUUAUUUCGUACUUGAAUUACACCUUUGACUCUCUGAUGAAUGCUCUUUCAGAUUCUUCUAACGGGGUUGUUCUUUUGGUACUUGAAGUUCAUGCUUGCAUAGCAGAAGAUCCUCAACAUUUUUGCCGUCUUAUUGAACUUCUAGUCCGUAGGUUUCAAAAAGAUCGUGCCCUUCUUGAAAGGCGUGGGGCUUUGGUUGUACGGAGACUUUGUGUUCUGUUGGAUGCAGAGCGGGUUUACCGUGAAUUUUCUUCAAAUCUAGAGCAUGAAACUGACUUGGACUUCGCAUCCAUUAUGGUUCAGGCAUUAAACUUAAUUUUGCUAACUUCAUUGGAGUUGGCGGAUUUGCGAGCCCUUGUAAAGCAAUCAUUGGUGAAUUCUUCGGGCAAGGAUCUAUUCAUCUCAUUGUAUUCUUCUUGGUGCCAUUCACCUAUGGCAACAAUUAGUUUGUGUCUACUAGCUCAGGCAUACAAUCAUGCCAGUUCUGUGAUUCAGUCACUAGGUGAAGCAGACAUAAAUGCAAAGUUUUUGGUUCAACUGGACAAAUUAAUCCGGUUGCUGGAGACCCCAAUUUUUGCUUACAUCAGAUUGCAGCUUCUUGAGCCUGGGAAACAUACAUGGUUACUGAAGACUCUGUAUUGUCUUUUAAUGUUAUUGCCACAGCAAAGUGCAGCUUUCAAGUUACUGAGGACCCGUCUAAAAACUGUACCAUUGCACACUCUUGGUCUCGACCAACUAAAGCGCGCAUCAUCAGAAAACCCAUAUUCUCAGAUUCUACAAGUAACAGAGGAUGGCAGAACUUCAUAUACUGUUAUUGACUUCCAAUCUAAGCUGCAACAAUUUGAGCAAAUGCAGCAUAGGCAUCGGUUGCAUUCUAGAUCACAGCUAAAAUCUCUCAAUGCCUCUAGCUCAACUAUUUCACAGCUGAAUGUAGGAAAUACAGAUAUCUGAGGAAUCACAUAAUUCUUCCUCUCAGCCUGAGAACAUUCAACCUUCUCAAAGAUCAUCAUUGAAUAUUCCAGGACAGUUGAAAACAUGAUCAUGCCUCUCAUUAAGUCGGCUCCAGGCUGUACGACUUGCAUUACAACAUCUAAGUUGUACCACCACAAUAAGAUGGAAUCGCAGCAAAGAAGUCAUGUGGCUCACAAGUUACAAGUUGUACAUUUUUAUUUUUAUGUAGCUUGCCCUGUUGGGAUAUGGCGUGAAUCGAGAUGAAUGGCAUAAGCCUGACAGGUGAGUAAGCAUCAAUUCUUUUUUGCUUAGGCAGUAUCGACUCAUGUGGUUCUGUAAUUUUUUUUUGAAGACCAUGUGAGUUGUGGGAAGCAUUUGGGUUUCAGGUCUUUGAACUUUUAAAGUUGAAGUGAGCGGUUCCAAUCAAGCAGUCAAAUUGUACAUUGUAGCGUUUGCCUUGUGGAAAAUGCUAGUCAUUGCCAUUAUAAUCA